AUGGCAAGGCGCACCGUCACCCGUCUCCUCUACAUCGCUGCCCCCAUCGGAGCAGCAUCAUACGGCAUCCACCGCGGCCUAUCCCACCUAGAAGAAAAAUACCCCAAUCUACCUGCCUCAGAAAAUGCAAGCAAAGCCCUGCUGACACCCCGAAAUCCUAUCACCCAGCGCUGCGCAUACUCUGACAUCUUCGCCGCGCGGGUACCACUCUCAGCCCUCGAGGCGCGAAUCCAAUCCCCCAACAAACGGGAUCAGAUCGCUCUCGAAGACGCAUGGGCUCGAGCUGUCCUCGGAAGUCGCAUUCUCCGCGCGGAAGGAUCUCUCGUUGGCCUCUUAACCAAAUGGAAUUUUAGUCCUGGCGAUGUAGGCGAGCAUGGCUUUGGACCACGCGAGAACGGCGAGCCACAGGAAUUGCUUAACGGGGCACUUUGUACCCAGCGUACACCUGGCGCUGAUGCCGAUAGUCAAGGGCUAUUGAUUUCUUGGUAUAUGGCCGAUGAGCCCCGUCUGUUCUUCGAGAAGAUUGCGCGUUGGGGCUAUCCGUGGCGUUUGAUGUCUGGCGGUCGACAUGAGAUGAGUGUGUCAGCGCCGUACGAUGUCCCCGGUCAGGGACGGAUUGUGGAUGUGAGAUUUUCAGGGGCUCAUGACUACGAGAUUGUUGAAGAAGAGGGCGUGAAGCAGAAGAUUAUUCCUGGCUGGGUGAUGCGGUUGCAUGCUGGUUAUGCGCGGUUGAUUCUUGAUUUGGCGGUGCGCGAGGUGGUGGAUGAGUAUGAAAAGGGGAAGACUUAA